GACCUUCAAGAACUUUAAUAAACUUUCUAACAAAAUUAAAAUCGGAGGAUUUUCAAGGAAUAGAUCUACUUUAAUAAAUUAGUAUACCCUUGUAUGCGGAUGAAAGCUCGACCUAACCGCAAAAAAGCUCGGUCACUUUUUGAUGUUUUACAAUACUUACGCCGUCUCGAGGCCGUCAACCUCCGAAACGCUAGUCCUGUCCUGUACAGUAUCAUCUUUCCAAAUCCGUUUAUUCGAAAUCCGAGGAUAUGACCCUAUGUAUGAGGUAUCCUGCAUUCGCGUCUCAAUAUGUUUUUCAUCACUUCAACGGGCAAGAUUACAACCCUGUUGGGGAUUCGCAUAGGCAGGAUUAGGCGUUUAUAAUUGGUUCCGAGAUUGAUAGUUGUUGAUCCUUCUUCAUCAUAUCUACGGUGCCAUUACCGCGCCGCCCCCGACAUUAAGUUUCGGGUCCACUCACUUCUUCUCUGCAAAAAAAGCUGCAUAUAUCUCCUCGGAAUAGCAACAAACUGUUUGUUUAUUGUCCGACUUUUUUUAUUUACAUUUUUAACCCAGUCAAAACGCAAUGUCUGCCACAGACCCCAAUAUACCGCAUGACUCCAAGGUGAAUCAGAUAUUGGGAGUAUGUUCUGCCAUGUUGGUGAUUACUACAAUAGUGGUAGCAGCAAGAAUUUGGACCCGCUUGAAGCUUGCUCAGGGUGGACUUGGAGCCGAUGACUGGUGUAUAAUUGUUGCUUGGGUUUUGGCUGUAGCUUAUGAUCUUGAUCCAAUUAAUCAAGUAACAUUUGGAUUGGGUCAACACAUAUAUGAUCUGCCUGAAAGUACAAAUUUCAGUGCUUCUCUAGAGCUCUAUUACUUCGGUGAAAUCAUCUACUUCGUCUGUGUCGGCGUCACGAAAGUAGCUAUCCUCAUUCUAUAUCUUCGUCUAGCCACCUCCAAGGUCUUUCGAACCCUCAUCUGGGGUGUAAUGGCCUUCGUGAUCCUUACAUCUUUCUCCUUCGUCAUUGCGACUAUUUUCCAAUGUACGCCGAUUUCCAAGGCGUGGGAACAACCUGUUACAAGUAAGGGACAUUGUAUCCAAGUCAAUGCUAUGUUCUAUGCCAAUGCCGGCUUGGAUAUCUUUCAGGAUCUGUUGAUAUACGUUUUGCCAAUGAAGAUGUUGUAUUCGAUUCAGAUACCGAGGAGACAGAAAUUCGCACUUAUGAUUGUUUUUGCGGUAGGAGGCUUUGUGGUUGUCACGGGCAUGAUCAGACUUUAUUAUCUGCAAGGUGCUCAAGCAUCGCAGGAUCCUUCUUAUGACAAUGUAGGCGGUGCCGUCUGGUCUUGCAUCGAAUGCAACAUAGGCGUAGUGUGUGCCUCGCUCCCACAUUUCAAGCCCCUCUUCGACCGAUUCUUCCCAUCGUUAAUGGGUCGAUCUGUCGGCGCCUCAAAUCACAACGGUCAUUCAGGAGGGCCAGAUUUACGAAAUAAUUACGUUAAACAAAAUAAUGAAUAUGAGCUGGAAAAUGGAGGCGCGAAGAAGAAAGUGUGGAAAGAUACUUACGAGGGGAAGUAUGGGAAAGACUUGGCCAAUAAUAUUGAGGUGGGUGAUACGAUCUACGGGGGAAACGAUAGCGAGGAGAGGUUGAGAGGGUUGACACCGCCCGAGACUGAGGGAUACAAUGCAGGGGGGAUUUACAAAAGCACAAAGGUUGUGGUUAGUAGGUUGCCGGCAAAUUGAAGGACGAAAGAACGAUGUUUGGUAUGAAAGAUAGGGUCUACGCAAUGAUAUAUUAUGGGUCAGCAUGGAAAGGCGUUGGAUAUAAUAAUGGUAUUACCCAUGGACUUGAACUUGAGGCUCAAAACUCUUCAGAGAACAGAUAGUUUUUACGAGAACUUAUGCUUCGCGGCCUUGGAAUUUUGUAAAUCAUCUAGAAAUAUAUUACAUUACAUCGUUGGGCGAAAACCUCUAUGAAACUUCUUCUUUUCAUCCAGUUGAUCCCUCAACGUACCUCUCCAUCUCCAUCCCCUUUACAAUCAUGCGACUAAUCUUCCACUUUCCA